CGACCCAACCAACACCCUCAUCAUCAUCAUCAUCAUCCUCAAUCAAAUUCAUUUUUUUUUUUUUCCGAAAACGCUCGCCCCUCCCGCAGCCAUGGACCCGGGCCCCGUCGGCGUGGGCAUUUGCGUCAUCGUCCUCAGCGCAGCGGCGCUCCUCUUCCUCCUCCGGCUCCGGCGGCGGCUCCCGCCGGGGCCGCGGCCGUGGCCGGUGGUGGGGAACCUGCUGGCGAUCGAGCCGGUCCGGUUCAGGUGCUUCGCGGAGUGGGCGCGCGCGUACGGGCCGAUCAUGUCGGUGUGGUUCGGGACGACGCUGACGGUGGUGGUGUCGACCCCGGAGCUGGCCCGGGCGGUGCUCAAGGACCACGACCAGGCCCUCGCGGACCGGCCCAGGAACCGGUCCACCGCCCGGUUCAGCCGCGGCGGCAAGGACCUCAUCUGGGCCGACUACGGCCCCCACUACGUGAAGGUGCGCAAGGUCUGCAACUUGGAGCUCUUCUCCCCCAAGCGCCUCGAGGCCCUCCGCCCCAUCCGCGAGGAUGAGGUCACCGCCAUGGUCCAAUCCAUCCACCGCGCCUGCACCCACCCCGACAAGGUCGGCAAAAGCCUGGUGGUGAAAGAACACCUCUCCAGCGUGGCCUUCAACAACAUAACGAGGCUCGCGUUCGGGAAGCGCUUCAUGAACUCUGAGGGGGUGAUUGACGAGCAAGGACGCGAGUUCAAGACGAUCGUGGCCAACGGGCUCAAGAUCGGGGCGUCUCUAUCUCUCGCGGAGUUCGUGUGGUGGUUGAGGUGGAUGUUCCCCCUCGACGAAGAGCUCUACGAGAGUCACAACGCGCGGAGGGAUAAGCUGACCAAGAAGAUCAUGGAGGAGCAUACGCAGGCCCGGAAGACGAGCGGCGCCAAGCAACAUUUCGUCGAUGCGCUGCUAACUCUCAAGGAUCAGUAUGAUCUUAGCGACGACACUGUAAUUGGUCUUCUUUGGGACAUGAUCACGGCCGGAAUGGACACGACGGUGAUCUCAGUGGAGUGGGCUAUGUCGGAGAUUGUCCGGCACCCGAGGGUACAGGAGAAGGUCCAGGCCGAGCUGGACCGUGUGGUGGGUCGCGACCGCAUCAUGGCAGAGACCGACUUCGCUAACCUGCCCUACCUGCAGUGUGUCGUCAAAGAGUCACUCCGACUCCACCCGCCAACCCCGCUCAUGCUCCCCCACAAGGCCAACACCCAUGUCCGCAUUGGCGGCUACGACAUCCCCAAGGGCUCCAACGUCAUGGUCAACGUGUGGGCCAUCGCUCGCGACCCGAAUGUGUGGAAGAACCCGCUCGAGUUCCGUCCUGAGCGGUUCGAGGAGGAGGACAUCGACAUCAAGGGCCACGACUUCCGCGUCCUGCCGUUCGGGGCCGGGCGCCGGGUGUGCCCAGGCGCCCAGCUGGGGAUCAACCUGGUUGCGUCAAUGCUCGGACACCUCCUGCACCACUUCCGGUGGACCCUGCCCGAGGGAGUGAAGCCUGAGGACGUCGACAUGGCCGAGACGCCCGGGAUGGUCACCUUCAUGCGGACACCGCUCCAGGCCGUGGCCGAGCCGCGGCUCCCUGCGGCGCACUUGUAUAGCCGCGUGCCGGUGGAGAUGUGAGGGAGGGCAUCGCCUGUUCCUUCAAUUAAUGGGCAAUGAUGAUAACAGGGCUGCUUUUAUUAUACGCACAUCAGCAUAUUAUGAUCAGAUUCAAUGCAUUUUGUUACAGAUAAUAAUAUUAGUUCUGUUAAUAUUGUGGCCCUUAAUUAGUACUCAUUAGGUACUUAAUAAUUUAAUGCAUCUUUUAAAAACUUCCUGUUUUAUCAUCAAGCUUGUUAGUUCAAUAGUGAUGUUGAGUGUUGUUAUUAUUUGUAAACCUAAAAGUUAAAAAAAUAUGAGAAACGACUGGUGAGUUUCUUUUUGCCUGUAAAUGUAUCAGUUCCAGAUCAAUUUUGGGUUUCUUAUUAUAAGAUCUGUAAAUGUAUCUUCGUCAAUGAUCAAAGAAAUUGAAUAAGAACCAAGGUUAAUGUGGAAAA